UUAUUUGGAAUGCCUACGCGGAAUGUACCGGAUACCGGGUUUUCGGGUUAGGAUACUUUCGCGGAUUUCAGAGUUACUUCCCUUUAUUGUAAUUUUAUGUCUUUUCAGCUUUUCUGUCUGGCGGUAGACAGAUAAAAAUUUAGAAUGUCAGAUUCAGAUGAAACAGUUGGUCCAGACUCGGAUGAGACUCUUCCACCUGAAGACGAGGAUGACAGGUGUUACUCUCCCGAUCUGUUUGAUGAUCAAGUUAGCAAAAAGUCAGAAAUGAAACCAAAAUUUAGCACAGUUCCAGACAAGAAAAGUUACAGUAAGACACAUGAUAUUUCUGAUAGUGAGUCGGACUCAGAGAGCAGAGCAAGGGAAAAGAAUAACAGAAGUAACCAUAACCAGUUUUCAAAGGGAGGUAAUUCUCAGAAAAAAAUUAACAAAGAGUCAAAUGGUUAUAAUAGAACUCAAAGUGAAAACACACCAGAAAAAGUGAGGACAGUGGAAAAAGUAGACAAUGAAGCAAAGUCAGAUAGAAAGAAAUUUAUGAAUGAAUUUUUAAACAUGACAGAUAGUGAAUCAGAUUCUGACUAUGAACAAAAUAAGAAAAGAAUACAAGCAAUGAAAGAUGAACAGAAGAACAAAUCAAAGGUUUCUAAAUCAUCUUCAGAUUUCGGUAAAGAAAGUGCUACAGAUAGGCAGGAAAAAUCCAAGUCAGCCAAAGAUUCAGACCAUGUAGAUAAGCACCAUUUCUCACAGAAACCACAUAAAAAGGACUACAGUAAACCGUUCCAUAAAGAUCAGUCAAGUCCUCAACAGUCCAGUGACAUUAAAUCAUUCUUGAAGAGAAAAGACUCAAAGGAGAAAUCUGAAAGUUCGCCAUCUAGUCUAAAGAGAAAGCAUUCAAGAUCGCCAGUGCCACAAGAAUUGCGUAAAGCUGUUACAGAGAUCAUGAACGAGAAUACUUGCAAUAGUGCUAAAAAGAAGAAAGUUCCGUGUCAGUAUGGACUGAAAUGCUACAGGAAAAAUCCAUCACACUUUGAAGAAUACAGUCAUCCACAAGAUGAAACUUACACACCAGCUUCCAAAAAAGCAAAACUAGAAUCCUCUGCUGCAUCAGCUUCAAAGUCAAAAGACAAACUUCAGAUUCCAUUAUCAACAAAGGUCAGGUCAGAGUCACCUUCAAUGUCUAAGGUCAGAUCAAGGUCACCUACAAGUUCAAAGGUCAAGUCAGAAUUACCCUCAACAUCAAAGGUGAAGUCAAGGUCACCAUCAGCUUCAAGAGGUUCAUCAGAAUUACCUUCAACUUCAAAGGUGAAAACACAUUCACCGACCUCUGAUUGUAAGGUCAAGAAAAGGUCAGGGUCGCCAUGCAGAAAUCCAAAGACAGUAGAAGGGAAGUUGCAGCUUGCCCAGCCAUACAGUUUAUUUCUCACCAAAGUUGCAGGAAUUGCAGAUAAAUAUAACACCACAUAUGCCAUGGAUAUUAAAGAUAUUUUGUGUGAGGAUAUGGGAAAUCUUACAGCAUCCUGCCAGUUCAAUUACAUGUUUGAUAUACAGUGGCUUAUGAAGCAGUACCCCCAGAAGUUCAGGUCAAAACCACUGCUGAUUGUUCAUGGUGAACAUGGUUCAAGUAUGGCAGCCUUACAGGCCCAGGCUAUGUCAUAUACCAAUAUCAGAUUCUGCCAGGCAAAGCUAGAAAUGAUGUAUGGGACACAUCAUACGAAGAUGAUGUUGUUACUGUAUGAAGAUGGACUACGUGUUGUUAUCCACACAUCUAACAUUAUACAGCAGGACUGGUACCAGAAAACACAAGGGAUGUGGAUAAGUCCAUUGUUUCCAAGGUUACCAGAGGCUGGUAAAGAUAAAGGUGAUAGUCCUACACAUUUCAAGAGAGAUCUUAUAGACUACUUACAAGCCUACAAGGCUUAUCAGCUCAAAGACUGGAUUGAUUAUAUAUCACAACAUGACAUGUCUACAGCAAAAGUUGUGAUUAUAGGAUCAGUACCAGGGAGACAUAUAGGGGACAAGGCAAAGUCUAUGUGGGGUCACCUGAAACUUAGGAAAGUUCUACAGGAGCAUGGUCCCAGUCAGGGGACAGUGAAAGCCUGGCCAGUGAUUGGUCAGUUCUCUAGUAUAGGGUCUAUGGGACCCAGUAAGGAGAACUGGCUAUGUGGGGAAUGGCAACAGUCAUUGUCAGCAACAAAAUCGGGAGCUGGACCACAGAGUAAUACCAGGUUACAGCUGAUAUUUCCCAGUCGGCAUAAUGUACGUCUGUCGUUAGAGGGCUAUCCUGCUGGUGGAAGUAUACCAUACAGUGCAAACACUGCCAAGAAGCAACAGUUUCUGCAUGAUUUCUUUCAUGUGUGGAAGUCUGAAGGUAGAGGAAGAAGUAGAGCUAUGCCACAUAUCAAAUCUUACGCAAGACCCAUGCAGGACGGAUCUAAAGCUGCUUGGUUUCUUGUUACAAGUGCUAACUUAUCAAAGGCAGCUUGGGGAGCCCUGGAGAAGAAAGGGGCACAACUCAUGAUCAGAUCAUAUGAAAUUGGAGUACUGUUCCUGCCAAAGUUCUUUGGUGAAGGUGAGAUAUUCCCAAUCACAUCUGAUCCAGAGUCAGCUGCCACCACUAAUAGAUUUCUUCUUCCGUAUGAUCUACCUCCAACAAUAUAUGACAAGAAAGAUCGUCCAUGGAUGUGGGAUAUACCAUAUAUGGACUUACCAGACACAAAUGGAAAUGUAUGGUGUCCUUUCUCAAAGUGAAGAGAUCCUAUUCUAUACAUCUUGGAUUUGAAGAUAGCCAGCCAGAAUAGAAUCCUGUGACACACACAUAGUUUAUAUGAUGAAGAUGCUUUGAAAAGCUGUCAGAUGAGCUAAUCAUUUAGACUGUAGAAUUAUAAAAAAUCAAAUGAAGACAUGCCAAUGCUUAGAAACAAGAAAUCGGCUGAUCAAAUUGGAGACUGUUUACAAGAAAAGCGUUAUAGUUUCUAACCUAAUCAUUUAAAUGGUAAUAUUUAUGUUAAGUGGUUAGUAAAUGACAACAAUAUAAUGGAUAAUGUUAUGGUGUGCAGUAUACAUUUAUAAGAUAUCUUGGCUUUUAACUCUUGCCCUGCUAAAUUACCCUAUAAUGAACUUGUCCAUCUUUCAAUUUGGACAGUACCAUUAACUGUUGUAAGGGAUGCUUACCAAAAAGAUUCAGACUGAAUUGCAAACAGUGUAGAUCUUGAUCAGACUGCAUGGAUGUGCAGGCUGAUAAUGAUCUACACUAGUCGCAAAAGCAGAAUCAAUUGUGUCUGGCAUGAUAAGGGCGAACAAUGAAGUCUUCCCAACAUACUUGCUUUUAAAAAAAACAGCUCUAAUUAACAAAAUGUUCAUUGCUUUUUUGAUUUUUCUUUUGCUUAAAACUGAUGAAUUUGAAAUUGUGCUUUACAUGAAAUAAACAUUAUGAUCAAAGUA